GUGACGUUAUGUUAAAAAAUAUAACCAUAAUAAUGUAAAAAAAAUAAAAAUCUGAAUACAUUUUGGCCAAGAUUUAUGAAGAAUAUUUAUUUGCAAAAUUUUACAAGAAAAACACUUUUUUUCAAAAUGUUUGGACUUUUUCAUUUAUAUAGCAAAAAAAGAAAAAUCCCAGUGGUGAAUAAAUACCACCAAAAUAAAGUUUUAUCUAUCUAAAACAUUCAUAUGGGUACAGUGUUCUAUGACUGCGCAAUUGUCAUUCAAAGUGUGAUAGCACUGAAAGCUGAAACUUGGCCUGGACAGGAAGGGGUGAAAGUGAUCGGAUUUGAAGU